CUUUUCUGUUCUCCAUAGCAACGGCAUUUAACAGUCACACUCCAGCUCGCGAGCUAGCUAGCUAGCUCUAUUUGCUGGGUAAUUUAGUUGUCUAGUUAACCUUACAUACACGGCUAACUAACACAAUCUACUUUAAGUGCCCGUAAUGAAUAUAUUUAAAUGUCAUAACUAGGUAGUAUUUCAUUUGGGCCUAGUGAACAUAAUACAUCGACAUGCCUCCGAAAAAGAAAGGGGAGAAAAAGUCUGCAAAGGCGAAGGCAGCGCCUACGGUGGUAGAUGGCCUGUCCACGGAAGAAAUGUCGAAGGAGCAGCUGGAGGAGCACAUUGUGCGCCUCCGGGAAGAGUUGGACAGGGAGCGGGAGGAGCGCAACUACUUUCAGUUGGAGAGGGACAAGAUCCACACAUUCUGGGAGAUCACCAAGAGGCAACUGGAUGAGAAGAAGGCUGACCUGAGGAACAGGGACAGAGAGAUGGAGGAGUCAGAGGAGCGCCAUCAAGUGGAAAUCAAGGUUUAUAAACAGAAAGUGAAGCACUUGCUGUAUGAACACCAAAAUAAUCUCACAGAGCAGAAAGCAGAAGGGGUUGUGGCCACCAAAGUGAUACAGAAAGAACAUGCAGAGAUGGAGAAUGAAUUGCGUAAAGGCAUGCGCGGCCUAAAAGUGGAUGUCAAACAGCAGGAACUGUCCAAUGAAGAUCUAUUGAAGAGCCUCAAACUGAAACAUGAUGAAGAAAUUACCAAAAUGAGACAGGAUUUUGAAAGUCAAGUGCAAGACAUUGAGAGGAAAUAUGACAAGAAAAUGCAGGUGUUACGACAGGAGCUUGACCUGAGGCGGAAAAUGGAGAUCCAUGAAAUUGAAGAAAGGAAGAACAGCCAGAUAAAUACGCUGAUGAAGAAUCAUGAAAAGGCCUUCAGCAACAUUAAGAUUUACUACAAUAAAACCACCUUCAACAACCUGGCACUCAUCAACUCACUGAAAGAGCAGUUAGAGGAGAAGAAGAAGAAGGAGGAUAGGCUGGAGAAAGAAAUGGCAGAAGUCUUACAGCAGAACAAGACUCUGACUGAACCCCUGCAGAAAGCAAAGGAGGAGGUGAUAGAGCUGCAGAGACAGAUGGCAAAUUACAAGAAUGACAAGGCUUCACUGGCGGGGGCGAAAGCUCGUUUGAAGGUCGCAGAAAAAGAGAUUAAAGACCUGAAGUGGGAACAUGAAGUCCUGGAGCAGAGAUUUAGCAAAGUUCAGGAGGAGAGGGAUGAGCUGUACCAGAAGUUCACCAAGGCCAUUCUGGAGGUGCAGCAGAAGAGCGGAUUUAAGAACCUGCUCCUGGAGAAAAAGCUGAGCACCUUGACCGAAACUCUGGAGAAGAAGGACGCGCAACUCAACGAGGUCCUCUCCGCCUCCAACCUCGACCCCUCGGCAAUCAACCUGGUGACCCGCAAAGUAGAGGAUGUGUUGGAUUCCAAAAAUAUUGCCAUCAAAGAUUUACAGUAUGAGCUGGCUCGAGUUUGUAAGGCUCAUAAUGACUUGCUCUGGACAUAUGAGACAAAGCUGAAGUCUUUAGGCAUCCCUGUUGAGGACCUGGGGUUCAAGCCCCUGGAGAGCACUUCAGCUGGACUGGUGUCUGCCCCGAUGUGACAAGCAAAUGAACAACUUUUAAUUAAAGUUUAAUCAUCUUGCUGUUUUUUUUACAUAGAAUGAAGGACCUGCAUUCAGAGUAAAAUCUUUCAGGCUGAUUUAGUAAAUAACGGUUUACUUGUUAAUAUAAGAAGACAAUGUGCUAGUGUUCAGGCAAAAACAUUUUGGACACAUCAUGGAAACGCAGCUCAAACAGUCACUUAUUACAGUGAUUGUAAGGAAAUUUUUUUUCGCUUUGGAGGCAUAUAGACAUACAACAUGGCUUUAAGCAUAAUUACACAGUUACAACACGUAGCAUUUAACAUGUCAUCAACAGACUACAUGACUGUAUCGAAUGAAACAAACCUGGAAAAGAUACUGUUGCAACUGAAAAUGCUACCACAAGCUGAAUUUGCAAAAUUUCAAAGAAACGUAGGCAAUCCAGUAAUAGCCCUUUAACAUUUGUUUUCUAUAAAGAAUGGAACAUUCUUUGAAGUGAAAAAUAAAAGCUGUAUUGCAGAAACUGUU